UCAUUCAUUGUCAAGGUAGUCGGGUUAUUAUUGGCUGAAUCAGCUUAAGAAUUGCUGGAAUAUACCUCCUAAAACUUAACCAUACCACGUGAUUUACUACUAGAUAUUUAAUGUUGCAAUGACUCUUAGUACCCAAGUCACUGUUGUCCAGAAAUUUUUUAUUUACAAAAAAACAGUGGUGAUGGCAAAUGGUUUUUUCAAAACUAGUAUGUCCCUCUGCCAGCUGUGUUUGAAUGUUUUUGAAUUCCUCCCCUAACCUCAAAACACAAGCUCAUGCCGUCACCAUGAGUUUCUCAGUAUCAAAUUCCAUCUUAGUUUUGUGCACCUCCGAGACAAUUCUCGUGUUCGACCUGUCAGAUCACUCUCUUCGGACGAUAAUUCUCCCAAAACUGGUCAUCGCGACUGAGAUAAAGCAUCACAACAACGUGGAAAUCGACUCGUUUCACGGGAUAACCUCAGUCUCAAUCUCCAACGAUGGGCAAUACCUCAGCAUCUGCACGAAUCGCAAGCAGCUUUGCCUCUACAAGACUAAGGAUUUUUCCCUGGUGUCGAACAGGACUCUGGUGAGGGCAGCUAGUCGAGUGAGGUUCACACCUGGAAAUGACGUGAUUGUCGCUGACAAGUCCGGCGACGCUUACCUGUUCGCCACACGCUGUCCUGAACAGCCUGGGGAGCUCAUUCUGGGACAUUUGUCGAUGCUCCUGGACAUUCUAGUCACAGAUGAUGGAAAGUUCGUUGUCUCAGCUGAUAGGGACGAAAAAAUUCGUGUGUCCCGCUUCCCGAACGGCUACAACAUCGAGUCAUUUUGUCUGGGGCACACGAAAUUCGUCAGCAACAUUUCGGAGCUGCCACAUGACAAGAGAAUCUUGGUCUCCGCUGGCGGAGAUGGGCAACUCAAAUUUUGGAAUUACAUUGAUGGGGUUGAGGUUAAGAGGGUUGAAUUUAUGGGGCACAUCCAGGAGAAUCACGUGACGAGGCUGAAUGAUAGCUUGAAGGAUCUGGAGCUCCAGGAGCCUGUAAGGAAUCUUCCGAUGAAGAGGCUGGCAUUGGAGAUGAUAAAUGGAAAAUCCAUUUUGAUCUGCAGUUUUUAUGGCUCUGGGGUUGUGCUAGUUUAUGACAUUGAUAGCGAUCUGGAGGUGGAGUUCCUGCAGAUGAUUUGUGAGGAAGAAGAAUCCUUGGAGUGUGUGAUGUCAGGGGGGAAACUGUGGAUUUUGUUUGACUGGGGGAUUAAAGUUUAUCGUUUUGAUGGUACUUUUGUAGUUGAUUCGGAAAUGAACGGGUCCUUGAUGGAAUUGAAUGACAGGUGGAAGGAGUUGAGAACGAAAGUUAGUGAACAAAUGUUUUAUCCAAUUUUAUACAAGAGGAAAUUUGAUAAUUUUCAGGAGUAUCACGACAGAAAAAAAUCACGAAUGAAAUUGUCUAAUUGACCUCGGGGCUCCAUUCAGCGUAGAUUUAAAGACUUAACAACAUUAUUUGUAUAUUUUUUAUAAUGAAACUUGUUCCAUUAAAUACAAAUUUUAAAAGUAUAA